AUGAUGGCUCCUGACAGCAGAGAUGGUGUCGCUUCAUGUGCUUGUAAAGGCAUUCGACGGUGUCUUAUAUGUGAACAGUAUAAGGGGAAAGAACAAUUGGAGGCCAGUGUACCUAAGGUUGUGCAUGAUUUCCUCUACAAUCCUGAGACAAGGCUUGCCAUUUGCAGAGAUGGUAAAGCUGCAUCCUUCCCCUUUCCUGGUGUCUUCCUGUGGGAGAACUUCAUAUCAGAAGAGGAGGAGAAGGCGCUGAUAAGCACAAUGGACCAGGAUGUGUGGAAUCAGUCCCAGUCUGGUCGAAGGAAACAGGACUUUGGCCCAAAAGUGAACUUCAAGAAAAGGAAAGUACGUGUGGGUGGAUUCAGUGGACUCCCUGCUUUAAGCCAAAAACUAGUGCUCAGGAUGCAGCAGGAGCCAAGUCUAGCAGGCUUCCAACCAGUGGAACAGUGCAAUCUGGAUUACAACCCUGAGCGAGGCUCUGCCAUUGAUCCACACCUAGAUGACUCCUGGCUGUGGGGGGAGCGCCUGGUUACCAUCAACAUGUUAUCAAACACUACACUCACCAUGUCACUCGAACAGGGUCUGCCUGAGUUGGGACUAGAAGAGGAAGUCCAUGUAGCUGUCCAUCUUCCUCGCAGAUCUUUGGUAGUGUUAUACGGCGAGGCACGGCAUAGAUGGAAACAUGCCAUUCAUAGGGAGGAUGUUCACAAGCGCAGAGUUUGCAGCACUUACAGAGAGCUGUCUGCAGAGUUCUUACCUGGAGGGCAGCAGGCAGAGCUGGGAGCUCAGCUAUUGAACAUUGCUUUGAGCUUUCAAGGAACUCCAAUAUAAACUAAUCUGAUGAUGCAGAGGAAGGCUGUACUACCAAAGCUGGGAGCAUAGACGGUGUCAAAAAUGUAUCUAAGGCAUUUUAAGAGAUUACACGUUUUGUAAGCCUUGUGAGUCAACAACGCCCCAGAGACCUGGUUAACUGAUUAGUCAAAAUCUGCACAAUGAACAGUCAAAUGUUAAAUCGCACUAAGGACAGCUGUCAUCCAAAAUUAGGCCACAAUGCAGUUGUUCACCAGAUUUGGAAAAAAAUGUUGAAAAAUAUUUCCAUGGUUGGCAUAGCUAAUUAUGAAACAGAUAAGAGAGAAGAAGAGAGGAGAAAUGUAGAGUCUCAGUGAGGUGUUGUUCUUGCACUUUGUUAGAGGGAUGAACAGCUUUCUUUCUAAAAUAUAUUUUAUCAUUUGGUGUUUUGAUGAUUGUGGUGUAGAACACUGUCACAACAGGUUGAGAUUCGUUGAGUGUGAAAGGCCAGAAAAGACGAUUCACAUCAUUGUCACUCUCAUCAAAACACUCAGUGAGCCUUUGCGCCCCAUAUGUAAGCAGCUGUGUACAUGUUAUAAUUAACAUCAUAAAAAUAAUGCACAUGGUUAAGUGACAUUGCUGGCUCCUGUGUUGUCAACUCUCAUGCCACCAUUAGAUGGUACCAGAGUUACAGAUUUUCAGAUUUUAAGCACAGAAACUUUAAAGAAUUGUUUGAUCAAGUUGUGGAAGUCACUAUACAUCCUCUGUAAACAGCAAAAAAAACCAAAAAAAAAAACAGGAGUUUCAGACCUGUUGUCCUUCACAAAUGUUGCUGUUAAUAUUGUUGUUCAUUACAUGAAUACGCAGUUGACAUCACAUACACACAUCCUAAAUCAAGAUCUUUAUCUUUUAAUAAAAAAAGAAAAUAUUUUCAGCCCUACA